UCAAGAUACGGGUCCGGUGCUUUAGGUUCACAUAUCCAUGAAGAGAUUUGUUUGAAGACAUACUGAAACCUGAACCUGUGCUGGUUUAUUUACUAGCCAGUACUUCACAGCUGUCAACCUGAGUCGCAAGUAACAGCUACUGUAAGUAGCUUCUGUGCACGAUGAAGAAUUUUUCAUUUCCUAUGCAAGAUAACACACAUCAGACUGAAAGUCCUUCUCCUCACAGAUUCCUGAGUUUGACAAAUAAGUCAGAUCCUGUUGGAAGACCAGAAAGAGACGAGCAAUUGGCUCAAGUAGAGAUUGCUGUACUGGGGGUAAUAUUUCUGACAGCGUCUGUGGGCAAUUUUAUUCUCAUACUGGUACUGUGGAGACGAAGAAAGAAGCUCUCUAGAAUGUAUGUAUUCAUGCUUCACCUCAGCAUAGCUGACUUAGUGGUAGCAUUUUUUCAAGUUCUGCCUCAGCUAAUAUGGGAUAUUACAGAUGUUUUCAUAGGGCCAGAUUUCUUGUGUAGAGUUAUCAAAUAUUUACAGUUGCUGGGCAUGUUUGCCUCUACUUAUAUGAUAGUAGUCAUGACAGUAGACAGAUAUCAAGCAGUUUGCUACCCUAUGGUCACUUUCCAAAAGAAGAGAGCCUUGUGGAACAUUCCCAUUUGCACCAGCUGGUCUAUAUCACUGAUUUUUAGCCUUCCACAGGUAUUUAUCUUUUCUAAGACUGAAAUAUCUCCAGGCAUCUUUGAAUGUUGGGGUGAAUUUAUUCUACCGUGGGGCCCAAGGGCGUAUGUAACUUGGAUUUUUGUAGUUAUAUUCUUCAUUCCCUCAGUCAUCCUUAUCACAUGUCAGGUUAAGAUUUGCAAAAUAAUCAAAAGGAAUAUAUAUGUGAAAAAACAGAAUGAAUAUGAAAUAACAAAUCAGAAGCAAGUCCUGCCAUCUCGAGCCAGCAGUGUUAACUGUAUUUCAAAGGCUAUGAUCAAGACUGUAAAAAUGACAGUGGUGACAGUUUUUGCAUAUGUUCUUUGUUGGUCACCUUUCUUCAUUGCACAGCUGUGGUCUGUUUGGUUCCCCAGUGGCGUUACUGAAGGUUCAGCAUUCACCAUUAUCAUGCUCCUUGGUAAUCUGAAUAGUUGUAUCAACCCAUGGAUUUACAUGUAUUUUUGUGGGCACAUUCCAUAUUGCACAAAGAAGCAGUUGGAGAAUGCUUCAGCUCAAGACGAAUCUGUGAUCACGGGAAGCAUUCAUCUGGUAGACAGAGACCCUGAGGAAAACAGUACUUCUGCAUAAAUGCUGAAUGCUUUUUGCCGUUUUGUUACAUUUGCUAUGUUUGCAAGACAUAUCAAUAUUUUACCACUAUGCCUUGUUUUGUGGAUAAGGAAGCUGGAAAAUUGUCAUGUGUUGUAUAAAUAUAUUUCUCUGAAGUUCUGUAGCAUAUAUUGCUCUGCAGGAAGUUUCUGCGUCGUGCAAGACCGAUUCAAUACUUCCACCACCACUGUGUUGUCAGAAUUAAUUCCUGUAAGGACUGACAAAGAUACGUAAUAGUAUCUUAAAUAUUUUGUGUCAUAAAUGACUUCCUAUUCUGUGAUUCUGGAUUUCCAAAUAGUAAAUUUUUACAACUGGCUCAUCAAAUUGAGACAUAGCUGGAAAGGAAUCUGACAUAAUUAGGUUUGAAUGUGUUUAGAUUGAACCAUGAAUUGUUCAUGAUUCUAAUGUGAUUGGGGGACAGUUUGACAAAUCUUAAGACGGCACCAGAAAGUCAGUGAAAUCCUUUGCCAGCUAUAAGUAAUACCUCCUUCAG